AUGACUACAAAAAUUGCUUUUAUUGCAUGCGUUUUCGCAGUUGCUGCUCAGACGAUCUCAGCUCAAUGUAUAGGCGCUUACAAUGGAUUGGGACUAAACACCUUAGCUUUGGAGGCAGCUGCACCCUGGGCUCCAGGUUAUGGUGCGCCAUGGGCAGCAGGACCAUACGCUGUUGAAGCUGGACCCAUCACACCAUUUACCCCAUCCAGCGGUGGAGGUUUCGCAAUCACUAGCUCCUCUCCAAUCUUCCCUACUGGUGUUACCGUGACUUCUGAGAACGCUUACGAGGGACCAUUGGCUGUGUCUGGAAAGCUGCCGUUCCUGGGUGCUGUGGCCUUGGAAGGUGCAUUACCUACUCUUGGUUCUGGUGCUAUCAACUAUGGUUGUGGAAAUGGCAAUGUUGGGAUGCUGAACGAAGAUUUAGGUAUUGGCCCUCUUGGGUACAGAGAUGUAGCUUACAAUGGCUUUGCUGGUCCACUGGCAGCUGAAGCAGGUCUUGCAGGCCAAGGCUACGCUUACAACGGCGUCGGUUAUGCUGGAUGUGGUCGUGGACCUUAUUACUAA